CGGAGCUUUCGAAUUUAGCGCCGAGUUUACGUGACGUCACGGGCCAAGAUGGCGGGGGCCCCGGUGCUUCCGAACAGGUUGGAGUUUACAUUGACUGUCCCGUUCCCUUCGGAGAAGUUAGCGUGGAUUGCGCAGAGGUCGCUGUCGCCAGAUCCGGAGCCCCGGAAAGGUGGCAUCAGCAAACACGUCUCGGUGACGAAUAGCAUCCUGAAUGUGUCAUGGAUGGCAGAUGAAGCUCGAAUUCUGCGUGUUUCAGUCAGCUCCUUCCUGGAUCACUUGGCUCUUGUAUUGGAAACCAUGGAAGCUUUUGGCCCUCCUCCUGUCUCUGGAUUAAAAUAAUUUUUUUAACGGAAAUAAUUACAGAUUGCAUAUGAUUUUGAUUUGAUCUGCAUAUUCUACAUCAUGCAUUUCUGUUGUCUACCCUUAUUUUAUUCUCCUUCAGAGUAAUUUGAACGUGCAUGCUUUAUUAGAGACUCAUGGUGAAAGUAUGCAUGAGAAAGAAAAAAAAAAAAAAAGAAUGACCCGUGCAACAGCUGGAUUCAUUCAUGGAAAAACAAUUGCAACCUGACAUUGUGUAUAAGCAGUUUAAAGGGGUUUUGGUGCUUGGGUUACUACCAUUGUAUGUGCAGUUGAAAUUCACAGUGGUUAUGCUUAAGUACUGUAGUACAAUGCACUAGUGUGUUUGCAAUAGAUCAUGACAUCCGGUUAUCACUUUGGACUUUAUGUAAUAAGAAACACCAAACAGUGCUACAGAAAUACAUCAAUUAGUUUUAAAAUAUGCAUAGUAAUGAAAUUAUAAGUUACAGUAGUCUGUCUAAUGUGUACAAUUAGUAAUAAUAUCAAAUGUUCACAAAAGACUCUUUAAAGCAGACAGGUGGACAUCAAUGGCUCAUGUGUAUGUGCAGACUUACAAUGGACAAUGCCAAAGACUGAAGUGGCCCUGAACAUGGCAUUGUAAUCGAUACCACACAUGCCAGCAAGAAUGAAUCAAGAACAGCAGCCUCAGUUGGUUCAGUGUGUGAUGGACUGGUGUUCUGUCCUGGCUUGGCUUCGUGCUUUGUGACAAGAGCUACCUUGAUAGACUUGCACAAAAUUCAUUAGGAGUAACAAAAACAUACACAUACAGCUGUAAUGCGGAAAACCAGUUGCCUAAUUAUUGUGAUCGAAAAUAGGACCCCUAACAGUAUUCUUUGACAAGCUAAUAUCCCAGAGUAUUUCUGAAAUUAAAGCAAAAGUGAGACGUUUUAAGCUUGCUUACUUCCCUUUUAGAAACAUUUGAUAGUAUGUAAACAUACUAAAAUGUGUAUGUUUGAAAUGAAAGAAACUUAAGUCAAACGAGUUUAAAUAUUAACAGUUUGUGGAGUGCAGAUUUUUUAUUUUUAUUUUUUAUGUUUGGUAAAGUAAUGUAAUUUACUUUAGUAAAAAGAAAUAAUUUUCACAUCACUAUUCUUAUCUGACAGAAACAAGUCAGUAAAGGGAGUUGUAAAUUUUGUUCUGUAUUACUGUACAGUAUGUGCAGUACCUUUGGGAUUUGCCAGUGUGGGUGUAACAGAUUUGUCAAGUUUUUUCACUUGAAAAUCUUUAUAAUGCAGCCAAGUACAAUUGACUUUAAAAUCCAGUUUUUGCAAUUUUCCAAGUCUUGAAAAUAGGAAAGAGCAAACAAGUGAGUAAUUUUCAGUUUGGUUUUAUUUUUGUACUGGGUAUUUUUAACAAGAAAAUGUGUGCAGUUGUACUGUAUGUUGCAUACAGUAUGGGUAGCUCAACUUGCACAGUGAUGGUCAUUGAUAAAGGUGCUGUUAUAAUGGGCAUUCUUUAGUUUUUUGUGAGUAUUUCUAUCAAUUCUGUUUGUUUUCCUCUGUGAAUCUUAUGCAAACAUUUAUUUUGCUGUACAAAUGUUUUUGAGUAGUUGAAAAUUAUUUUCCAUGUUUCCACUAUAAUACCAUUUUGUUUUCAUAGGGCACCACCAUUUUCAAUCAAUAGCAGUGGCUGUUGCUGGAACAGUUGCUCCCAGAAUUCUCCGUGACUAUGUGACAGGCAAUAUCAUCAGAGCAACCAUAUAUAAGAUCUGGUGCAUGCUUUUGCAAAUUAUCCACAAUGAACAUCCUGUGAGCAAUUAGGAGCAAACUUACAGUGCCCUCUACUAUUAUUGGCACCCCUUGUGGAAAUUAGAAGGAUUAGAAAAAAAUCAGCUGUUUGCUGAAGAAUCCUCCUAUUUCACUGAAGAAAUGAGAAACAUCUGACUUUUAAUUGAAACAAGUUCAUUCAAAAAAACAUAAAGUCCUCAUCAAGAAUUUUUUUAACAAAAACGUAUGUGCCACAAUUGUUGGCACCCUUGCAUUUAAUACUUUGUACAACCUCCCACUGCCAAUAUGACAGCACAGACUCUUUUCUCAUGUAACCUUUUAUAAGGUUGGAGAGUAUACAACAUGGCUUCUGAGACCAUUCUUCUUUACAUAACCUCUCUAGAUCAUCCAGGGUCAUAUGCCCUCUCCUGUGUACCUACCUAUUCAGCUCACUCCUUAGGUUUUCAAUAGGAUUCAUGUCAGGGGACUGAGAUGGCCAAGACAGAACUUUGAUUUUGUGAUCAGUUCACCAUUGCUAGGUUGAUCUGAACACUUGUUUCAGAUCUUUAUCCUGCUGGAAUAUCCAAAUAUGACCCAGUUUUAGUUUCCUGGCAGAGGCAGCCAGGUUUUUAUUUUAAAUCUCCUGAUGUUUCAUGAAAUCCAUGAUGCCAUGCACCCUAACAAUGUUUCCAGGACCUUU